CGUGGUGUGAGCAGAAUCAUGGAAGUGACAGAGAGGACGAAAGCACAUCGCAAACGGGUGUCGGGGCCAAAGGCAGGGAAGAAGAAAGGGAAGAAGACGGGGGAGAAUGACGACAGCGGUAAAAAUCCAAAGGCCUUCACCUUCAAGUCUGCAGUGCGCGCCGCUCGAGCUGGACGGAGAAAGUUGGAUAUCGCAGCCAAGCGGCAGCGGGUUCCCGAGGUAGACAGAACUCCCCUGGAGCCCCCGCCGGUCUGCGUGGCAGUGGUGGGCCCCCCGAAGGUCGGGAAGACGACCCUCAUCCGUGACCUUGUCAGGAACUUCACUAGGCAGACUCUGACUGAGAGUAAAGGCCCCAUCACGGUGGUAUCAGGGAAGAAGAGGCGACUGACUCUCCUGGAGUGUGGCAGUGACCUCAACACCAUGCUGGACGUGGCAAAGGUGGCCGACCUUGUCCUUCUACUGGUGGACGCCUCCUUUGGCUUCGAGAUGGAGACGUUUGAGUUUCUCAACAUCCUACAGGUCCAUGGGUUUCCGAAGGUGAUGGGGGUCCUGACUCAUCUGGAUAUGUUCCAGUCCCAGAAGACUCUGAGGAAGACCAAGAAGAGACUCAAGAACAGGUUCUGGACGGAGAUAUACCAGGGAGCAAAGCUGUUCUACCUCUCUGGAUUGAUCCACGGGCACUACCCAAAGGUCGAAGUUCACAAUCUCGGGCGGUUUAUAUCAGUCAUGAAGUUCAAGCCGCGGCACUGGCAGGGAAGCCAUGCCCAUAUUCUCUGCGACAGAAUGGAAGACCUCACCCAUCCCGACACCAUUCAACAGAGGUCAAAGUGCGAUCGUAUGAUCUCGCUCUACGGCUAUGUCCGAGGCACAAACCUCAGACCAGAUUCCACGGUCCACAUUCCAGGCUGUGGGGAUUUCCCCCUGUCAUCAGCAAGCGUCCUCCCUGACCCCUGCCCCCUGCCGGAGCAGAACAAAAAGAGGUCACUCAACGAGAAGGAGAAGAUGAUAUAUGCUCCCAUGGCUGGUGUCGGGGGAGUGGUCUAUGACAAGGACGCAGUGUACAUUGAGCUUGCUGGUAGCCAUGCCAAUGAAGAAAAAGAUACAACCACGAGUCGGCUGCUGUCGUCUCUAAUUGGUGCCCGCCAUCCACUGGACCAGAAGAUGAGGAAUGCAGAGCUUGUGUUGAUGGAGGGUGGGGCACCUCUGCUGGGAGGGUGUGAGGAUGGUGAGGGUGUGAGGCAGAGGAGAGCAGUGCCGGACGAGGACGGAGGGUCGCAGAGUGGGGGAGAGGGAGACGUUGACACUCAGAGUGACUCUGAAACUGAAACCUCGUCUGAUGAAGAUUUAGGGAAGCUGAGUGCUGGUACAAGACAGAGAGCUAGACCACAGAGCAAUAGGAACACCGCGAGGAGGAUGAAGAGAGGGGAGGAGGUUAGGGAGGUGGAGGAGAGCCAGAGUCUUAGUUCUGCCGACAGCUGUGGGUCGUCGGGGGAGGGAGGGAGAGUCACUUCAUGUGACGGAGCCGAUGGUAGGUUGUCAGGGGGUGUGGCCUCAGAGGACGACGAAGAGGAAAAAGACGAUGAUGACGAAAGAAGGGAAAGUGGGCGUUGUUUCUUCGACGGGGAGGCGGAGGAAGUGUGGAGUGGGGAAAGUAGUGAAGAGGAGAUGGAGUGGAGUGGGGAGUCUGGGGAAGAGGAGGAGGAGGGAGGGUUUGUUCUGGGACAGUGUAGGGAGAUGGGAUACAGUGGAAGAAGAUGUGUGGAACUGGAGAGCAGUUGUGAAGAUGAGGGAGAAGAAAGAGAAGGUGAAAAAGACAAGGAAACAGCCGAAGAGGGUAGUGACGAUGGUGCUAAUCGUGAGGGCAGUGAAAGUGGUGAAUCAGAAAAAGAGAGUGGAGGUGAGGACUCAGAAGGAGAGACGUGUUCACAGCUGCCUAGUCACCUGAGGUGGAAGGAGGGGUUGGUGGAGAAGGCAAGACAGGGGUUUGAGCAACGACUCAACAGCUCUCGAUAUUUGCACAAACUGAUCUACUGUGAUUCUCUCCCACCUUCGUCUGGCGACACGGAGGAGAGGAAGGAGGGGGAAGAGGAGGAGGAGGAGUUGGGGGGACUGUUCCACGUGGCCAGGAGAGAGAGACAGUCAGAGUUACACAGCGAGGACAGCUCUCUGGUGACGCAGCAGCUGACUCGUGACUGGAUGGUCUGUGUGGCCGCUGUUAAGAGGUCUCAGUUUGUGACGGGGAGCUGGGGGGAGGGGGACGCUGCGGCACUCCUCCAAGAGGACCAAGAGGAGGAGUUUGGGGACUUUGAGGACCUGGAGACGGGGGAAGGGUUUGGACAGGAGACGACAGAAGGCAAGGACAAAGAGGGAGAGGAGGACCAACGGCUGAAGAAGAAGAAAGAGCAAAAGGUUUGUGCAACUGUUUUUGUGAGAAAUAGAGUAAGACUUCUGCCGGACGCAAACAUCGAUUGCAUCACCAGAUGGAUGUUCUGCAAUGAUGUUUUUGUAGGCUGAGUUUGACGUGCAAUAUGACGACGACGAGGGUGGUGGUUACUAUGACGACCUGAAGAAAGAGGCGACGGAGCAGGCCGAGACCAACAGGUCAGAGUUUACGGGGCUCAGGGAAGAGGUCAGAGUUCAGUACGAGGGUCUGAGACCGGGGAGCUACGUUCGGAUGGAAAUCAAAGGUGUUUCGUGUGAGUUUGUGGAGAACUUUGACCCCCGCUACCCAGUGUUGGUGGGGGAGCUGUUGGCCGGGGAGGAGAGGCUGGGGUUCAUGAAGGUCAGACUCAAGAAGCACCGCUGGCACCGCAGAGUCCUCAAGUCACGAGACCCUCUCAUCUUGUCUGUGGGUUGGAGGAGGGUCCAGGUGACCCCUGUCUACUGCGUGGAGGAGCACAAUAUGAGGCAGAGGAUGCUCAAGUACACCCCUGAACACAUGCACUGUGUCGCCUGUCUCUAUGGUCCAGUGACGUCUCCGGGUACCGGUUUCCUCGGAGUCCAAUCUGUCAGUUCCGUCGACGCUGACUUCCGUGUCGCGGCCUCUGGCGUAGUGCUGGAGAUGAACAAAGCCUCCGACAUUGUCAAGAAGCUGAAACUGACGGGAACACCCUACAAGAUAUUCAAGAACACUGCCUUCAUUAAAGGUAUGUUCAGCUCGGCUCUCGAGUGUGCCAAGUUCGAGGGAGCGGCUCUGCAGACGGUGAGUGGGGUCAGAGGUCAACUGAAGAAGGCCCUUCGUUCGCCUGAUGGAGCAUUCCGGGCGACAUUCGAGGACAGGGUGCUUAUGAGCGACAUUGUGUUCAUGCGAACCUGGUACCCCGUGACUGUACCUCGCUACUGUAACCAGGUGACAUCGCUGCUGGAGAGGGACAAGACCAGCUGGAGAGGCAUGAGGACGGUGGGGCAGAUACGACACGAGGUCGGGACCAACCCUCCAGUGAGGAAAGACUCCCUCUACCGGCCGAUCGAGAGAGAGCAGCGGAGAUUCAACCCUGUUCGAGUCCCCUCUGCCCUUCAGAAACAGCUGCCGUUCAAGUCGAAACCGAAAAACAGGGAGAAGAGAACGAGACAGAGCUUGUCCAGCAAGCGUGCGGUGGUUCUGGAACGCCAAGAGAAGAGGGCACUGACUCUGCUGCAGCAGCUGACGACUCUCCAGAGAGACAAGGAGAGGAGGAGGAGGGAGAAGGCGAAGGAGAGCAAACAGAGGCGAGCUACAGCCAUGGCAGGGGAAGACGCCAAAAGAGAGAAGAAGACGAGAGAGCUGAGGAGAGAGUUCUACCGAGAGAGAGGCAAGGCAGAGCGCGAGCCAGCUGCCAAGAGACACAGGAAAACAAACAAGCCGGCAGACCAGUAAUGUAUAUAUGUAUCACUGUAUGAUGUAAUGGUGUGAUGUCAUAGAGCACUUUG